UUCAUAUUAAUCUAGAUUAAUCAGUGCCUUGCAAGUGUGAAUUCUUGUCAAAAGUGUCGAUUAAAGUCACGGACAAUUGUUAGAAACUGUUUACUUCCGGUGUUCGCAACUAAUAACGCUUUGUCGAUCGUUUGGCAACAGGAUCGCGGUGUGAAAUAGACAUACAAUGCGUUUUAUCUCAUUUUGUGUAUCGCGACAUAGUAAAUUUGUGAUGUUACUCUGUAAUUUUCAUAGCAAAGUGACUAAUUAUGUGUGACUAAUUAUUAGUGAAUUUUUUUUCGACUUUCAUCAAUUUCAUCAAUUUGUCGAUGAAGCUAAUAUAAAGCAAUUUAAGGUGGAAUCUAUAGCGGAUGGAGCAAACAGCAAUAUUCCAGCUAAUCAACAUACGUACUACAACUCCGCUGUUGCGCAUGCUGUGACGUUUCUUCUCUGGUCGGUCGCGACGCACGCACGGUUGAUCGGGCUAACGAAGGCAGUGCGGCAAAAAUUGGGAAGGAAACCUUCGCUCUUUUUUCGUCCGACGAUCCGGAGCGGAAGAGGGCAGAGCGGAGAGCGCGAAAAUCGUACGGAGCACGAAAAUCGAGGAGGAAAUGCGGAAAAUCGCCUCGGUCGUCUGCAAUCACGCUGUCGGUGAGAGGAAUUGCCGCAGACUAUAAGAGAACACUCUUUCUCUGUCUCUUUGGACGACGGGGCAGCUUGAUUAUCGGAUUUUGGACGAAAACGAAACGAGAGCCCGCUCAAAGAGAGCGGCCGUCCGUACGGAGCAACUCGCGUAACACGCAAGCUCCGCGGAAAAACGUCGAUAAGCGUUGUGCGUCCUCGCCGACCAAGUCGAGAGCAACCGGGUCGAGAACAGAGGGUGGAUCGAAGUCGAUCGAGUCCGCGUACGGGGAAAAUCCACCGCUGACCGAAUCGAUCGACCACCACGUCGAAGACAGAUAACGAAAUGGGGACAAUAUUUUUAAUUAGUUUGUGGCUCGGCCUAACAAGUGGCCACUUUCGUGGACCACAUCAUCCUAGGAGCAGCGUAUCCCAUCAUCAUUAUACACCACAAAAUGAAGUCAAAUUAACGCAGGAUUCCGAACUCCUUCACGAUGCCACGCAUUUAAAAGAAGACAUGGGACCUAUGGCCGAUCAACUUAAUUUUUCAACAAUGACUGAGCAUGAAAUAGAAUUUCAUUAUUUUAAAAUUCAUGAUUUCGACAAUAAUACGAAACUAGAUGGAUUAGAGUUUCUCCAUGCUCUUCAGCAUACUUUCCAUGAGAGUAACUUUGCCGAAAAUGAUGACGAAAAUGACGAUGUGAUGCAGUCAAAACCAGAUUUAUCUUGGAUUGUUGAACUGAUAGACAGAGUGUUGGAAGAGGAUGAUUUAAACAACGACGGAUAUUUAGAAUAUCUCGAAUAUGUAUUGGGAAGAGAAAGAGAUCAUACUGCACAAGAGAAACGUAACAAAUUUAAAAUCGGAACGAAUAUAAAUUUCUCGAAAUUACGGGAUAAAUUAGAAAAGAGAUACCUCGGGGCACUAACAAAUGUGCUCUGUACUGAUUGACCAGUGCCUAUGUCUACCGGAAAUAGCGAUUCUAUCGCCAUCUAGAGACUGAGAGCCACAAAAUGUAAAGGUGUAUUCACAGUAACUUGCAUAAUUAUAGGAGCUCUUUAUUUUUUCAAGUGGGGUAAGAAUAAAAUAGAUGGACUACAUUGAAGUGAUUAUAUUGAAGUGAUUAUAGAAACAAUGGGUGUUAAAUGCUCGAUUUGCACAAAGAAACGAUUUGUACAAAUAAAAAAAACUGUAAUCUGUAGAAAAAGAGCACAAUUGCCUUAUAAAUCACUCAAUGAAGAAUAUGAAAAUGUAAAUCCAACAUUUUCCAUAGAAGAGAAUAGUGAAGAGAAAAAUUCCAUAGAAGAGAAUAAUUUC